AUGAUCCCAUAUUUCCAAUCAUUCUUACCAACAACUACAUCCCAAGGAGGAUACUUGCCCCAUUGGUUAUUGUUCAUAUCCGUUGUGUCAAUUUUUAACUCCUUGCAGACAUAUCAAUCUCCUGAUUUGACCUUAACCAGAAGAGUCUAUGAAUCAGCACCACCUACCGAAGUUACCAAGUUGAGUGCCAGAACAUUCGGUACUUGGACCUUCAUUACAUCAAUUAUCAGGUUUUACGGUGCAUAUUACUUGGUCGGUAAUAAACAGAUUUACGAAUUAUGUAUGUGGAGUUUUGUUGUAGCAGGUGGACAUUUUAUUAGUGAAUGGUUGUACUUCGGUAACUGUAAAUUGGGCAAGGGAUUGGCUGGCCCAUUGAUUGUCAGCUCCACUAGUUUACUCUGGAUGUACUUGCAAAAAGACUUUUAUCUUAAUUAA